AUAGUAAAGUCAUAAUAUCCAAUUUUCAACUCUCCAUCUCAUAACCCCCCCCCCCCCCCCCCCCAAAAAUAAAAUAAAAUGAGAAAUAUAUCAUUUAGCAGUGAUGAAGAACAAAGUAAUAAUGAUUUAUUACCCAAAACAACAAGUUUAUGGUGGAGAACAAAAAAUGAUUUUGAUGAAAAUGGCCAUUUCAAAGUUGAUAUUUCUGAUCUGUCAAAUAUUACACCAAGAAUUAAAAUACUUAGAGAAAUGGAAAGAUUGGCUUUUAUUUCUACUGAAGGACUUGAAGAUCUUAGACACAAACUCAUUACUUACAGGGCAGGGGAUUUUUGGUUGCCAGUAGGAGGCAUAAAGAAGGAAGAAAUGGAGAUAGCACCAGUGAUCACAAUAAUGCUUGUGGGAUUAUCUGCUUCUGGAAAAAGUUCACUUGUUAAUUACAUGUAUAGUGUUCUUGGUAGAUCUGGUCUCAUCCCUUUUGCUCAAACAUCAAGUGGGAAUUCACACUAUACAACUAUGUUCUUGGAAGAACACAAUGUGUUGAGAUCAAUGAGAAGUGGAUUUUGUGUGUAUGACACAAGGGGAUUAGAUACUAAUGAUAUGAUUGAAGGAUUAGAUGAAGUUUCUACAUGGAUGACACGUGGCGUUCGACAUAAUCAACCUUGUUUUAGACAUGGUGAUUAUACUAAUAACAAUAAGGUUAUUAAUGGUGGUGGAGGAGCAAGUACAAGAUACACUAAGAGGAAAGUUGAUUGUGCAAUAAUUGUGGCUGAUUUAUCAGAGAUUAACAAAGCUUUUACCUCUGGAGAUUUGAAGCAUUUGGUUGCCUUGAAGAGCCUUUUCAGCAAUUCUUCUAUAAGAAAAUCAAAUGAGAAUCCGUUGCUAAUACUGACACACGGCGACACGAUUAGCGCGGAGGAGAGGAUCGUCAGUCGUCUAAAAAUAUGCGAAUUUCUAGGGAUACCGGAGACUACGGGCGUGUAUGAUGUAGCGUGUUUGACCGAGCAAGGAAUAUUGCCGGAAGAAUCAGAUCCAGUUACAGCGUUCGCCCUAACUGAAGCUGUGUAUAGAUCACUAAUGCAAUCUGAUAGAAAUCAUCAACCAAAGAAGAAAUUCAAGGAUUGGAUUGUGCUAUUUUUGACAUGGAUUAUGUGUUGCAUUGGUGCUUUCUUUGCAAUGCUUGCAAAUUUCUUCUCAAGAUUUAGUCAACAACACAACAAGAAACUUAAGUACUAGACGUAUAUUGCACGGUAAGAUCGCGUACAAUAGAUCCUCGUGGUUUGAACCUGAUCACACGUAGCAGGAGCUUAGUGCAUCGGGCUGUCGAUUGAGUACACUUUGUCAUUAUGUUGCACAAGAGGGGUUGGUUUGAGAUUGUUUUAGGUUUAAGGUUCGAAUUUUGUAAAAUUUUUUUUCCUAUUGUUAGAAUUUCUGACUUCGUCACUCAUUAAAUUUGCUUGUGGAGUUUUCCUUUUUUGAUUUUUGUGAGGUGGUUGGUGUGUUGUAUUAAAUGUUUGUUGGUUGAAUUAAUUUAAUGGUGGGAUAAGGUUUUGUAUGAA